UUGCUUGACAUCUGUGUGUGACUUUGGGGCAGAACCCGGGUUUUCCGAAUCCAAAUCCAAACCCUAACGUGCUUACUCAGUUACUGGCGAUUUCUGUGCGAAAUGGGGCUCAGCGAAACCUGGCCCUUUGGGUACAGAAGCUUGGCUAUGUAGAUUCAAAGAGAACCCUAAUUUUCGACGGCACUGUGAAGGUAAGUGCACUCCAAUAUUGAGGAAAGCUAUACCAAGCAAUUAUGUUGUUCCCCAAAGAAUUUGAUAAUUUGUGUGAUGAUGGGUUUGAGGGUUCUACCAAUGAGCAUCAGAUUUUUUCAGAGGUGUUCUUUGGAAGUGAUGAAAGCAAAAAGAGGUGUCUUGUUACUGGAGUUAACAAUUUUGAAUGUGACUACAGUAAGCAAAUCAACACCUCAUGUUGCUUCUACAAUGAAAAUUCAGCAUUGAUGGUGCGUGAGAAUUCUUAUGGUACCAUAGAGGAGUCUGCAGGGAAAACAGAAGAAAAGAAAGAGUUUUCUAACGGCAGGCCUUAUAUAGUCAGAGGUUUAAACUCGGUGGCUUCCUCAGAUGGUAUUGUUAGAGUUAUACCCCCACAAACAACUUUGGCUCACUCUCACACUGUGACUUCUCAUGUAGUUGAAUCAACUAGCCAGGGGGUCACCUCUUGUUUCUAUCUUCAGAAGGGGCAUCAUGAGCCGGACAGAGGACAUGGAGUGGGUGAAAGUGAUGACUUAAAACUGAAAUCGUAUCACUUGAAUGGUAAUGAUGGAAAGAAUGCCUGUAAAACAAUAACCUCACCUGCUUCUCAGGAGAGCCAUGUGACCAAGUUGUUGGCAGGCAAUUCUCCACUUGUUGCAAAAAAUUCAAGGGUUGUUCGAUCAGCCAAAUCAAAAUGGAAGGAUUCCUGCUUUGUGGAACUAGAUGAAGCAGAAUUGUCUAUGAUUAAAGAUACUCCAAAUGAUCCUCGUCCUAUUCUGCGUUACCAUAUCAAUCGCUUACUAAGAGCGGCUGGAUGGGUAAUUGGGAGGCGUAAAAGGAGUAGUAAAUAUAAUGGUAUUGGAGAAUAUGUUUACAGGUCACCUGAAGGAAGGCCUAUUCGGGAAUUUCGUAGAGCUUGGCUAUUUUGUGGUGAGAGUUUGUUCACUGAUGAAAAUAGUGUCAUACCGGAAGAGGAGUCUAAGGUGUGGGCUGACAUGAAUCAGUUUAGGUCUGACCUAUUUAGUAUGGUUGCAGAGAUUGAAGAGAAACUGGUUAACUUGGAAACAACUUCAUCGCUGGCUACUUUAUGGUAUCUUCUUGAUCCUUUUGCAAAUGUUGUUUUCAUUGAUAAAUCAAUACGCUGUCUUAAAGAAGGGAAAACAGUCAUAGCAAACAGAACUUUUGCCAGAUAUGUAGAGGCUGUAGAAAACCAGCUUAAUGAGAGAAGUAUGAAAUUUCUUCCCUGUAGCCCUUCUCUUAUUGAAGAUAGUGUGCUUGAGAAUGAUCAGUGUAUAAAAAAAGAGUUCUGUGUUGAUGAAAGUUCCCUGGACUUCAAACAGUCACAAGGAGGGGAAGGCAACUGUGGUAACGGUUUACCAUCUCCUGAUAAAAGGUCCAUGCCCUUACUGGACACCUUCAAUGGGCCACCUCCUAAAUAUAGGAAAAUCUCAGGGAGUGACACUGGUGUUUCAGAUCUAAGUUCCUUGCCAACUUGUGGAUCUGAUAGUACCUCUGAGCUGGCUGGUAGUUCCUUGUUUGAUGUUCCUGUCAGUUUGGGAAAUACACCAACUUUGACAAGAACAUCUGAGACAGUUGGUAAUAAUCAAGAUAGCAGCACUAGUUCCCUAGUAUAUCUUGAGGAAGAAGUAAAAGGCUUUGAUUUGAAGAUUGCCAAUCAGCUGAGUUCUAUGUUGCAGGAGACUGUGGCUUUUGAUUCAAAUUGUUCAAAUGAUGAUCUGGUGGACAUUCAAUGUAUAGAAACAAGGACCAAAGGCUUAUCUUAUGCUGCAAGCUCUGUAUCUAAAAAGAAAGCCCAGAAGAAAUCAAGAAAAAUAUCUGAAAUGAAACUGUCAAAUUUGUAUCAACAUGACAAAGUAGUAUCUAAUAAGAAUGGAUUCUGUGAAGCCAAUGAAAAGGGAAUCCACAACAAAAUUGGAUCAAUGAAAUUUAAGAAAUUUCGUCCAGAGGAUGAUGAUCUUUUGAUUUCAGCUAUCAUAAAAAAUAAAGCCUUCAAAUCUUCAAAAAAGAGGCCUUUUGGAAAAUCCAAACCUCUAAGGAAAAGGAAGAGCCAGAAAGGCAGAUGCAAGUUACUCCUGCGAAGCCUUAAUAGGGGUGGAAAGCACUUCAUUGAGGGAAAGUGGCCUGCCUUUGCUUUAAGAACAGUAUUGUCCUGGUUAAUUCAUUCUGGGGCAGUUUCUCUUAACGAAGUGAUCCAGUACCGUAACCUAAAAGACAAUUCUGUGGUGAAAGAUGGCUUUAUUACUAGAGAUGGGAUAUUGUGCAAGUGCUGUGACGAAGUAUUAUCCAUCUCCACAUUCAAAAGUCAUGCUGGUUUCAAGUUGAAUAGGCCCUGUUUGAAUCUUUUCUUGGAAUCUGAUAAGCCGUUCACAUUAUGUCAGCUUGAGGCUUGGUCAGCUGAAUACAAGGCUAAGAAAACCACUCCUCGAACAGUACAAGUUGAUGAGAUGGAUCAAAAUGAUGAUAGUUGUGGGCGUUGUGGUGAUGGUGGUGAGCUGAUAUGUUGUGAUAACUGUCCAUCUACAUUUCAUCAAGCAUGCUUGUAUGCGCAGGAACUUCCUGAAGGCAGUUGGUAUUGUCCGCAUUGUACAUGCCAGAUUUGUGGGGAUGUGGUUAAAGAUAAUGAGGCAACCAGUUCUGCAUCCUCUGGUGCAUUAAAAUGUGCCCAGUGUGAACAUAAAUAUCAUGAGGCAUGCUUGAAGGAGAAGGGCAGAGAAGGUGGAGAGGCAUCUGAGACCUGGUUCUGUGGGGAAAGAUGUCAGGAGGUAUACUCAGGUCUACAGUCUCGCAUUGGGCUCACAAAUUUUCUCUCCGAUGGCCUCUGUUGGACACUUCUGAGGUGUAUUCCUGGUGACCAGAAAGUUCAUUCUGCACAGCGAUUUGUUGCUUUGAUAGCAGAGUGCAACUCCAAGUUAGCCGUUGCUCUUACAAUCAUGGAGGAAUGCUUUCUUCCAAUGGUGGAUCCUAGAACCGGUGUAGACAUGAUACCCCAAGUAAUCUACAACUGGGGAUCACAAUUUUCACGUCUAAAUUAUUACGGAUUUUACACUGUAGUCUUGGAGAAAGACGAUGUGUUGAUAUGCGUAGCUUCAAUCAGGAUCCACGGGGCUACGGUUGCAGAGAUGCCCCUCAUUGCAACUUGCAGCAAAUAUCGCCGCCAGGGAAUGUGCCGCCGCCUAAUGAAUUCUCUAGAGGAGAUGCUAAAAUCUUUCAAGGUUGAGAAGCUCGUAGUAUCUGCAAUUCCCAGUUUAGUGGAGACAUGGACAGUAGGUUUUGGUUUCGAACCCUUGGAAGAUAGCGAGAAGCGGAGCUUGAGCAACAUCAACCUCAUGGUGUUUCCCGGAACUGUAUGGUUGAAGAAGUGUUUGUAUGAAAAUGGACAACAAAGCUCGUUUCCAUCUAAACCUGUUGAUCCAGCCGAGUCCAGACCUUCCUGUGAAAAUGACCAUACAACCGAGGCUCAUCAACUAUUCCAACAGAACUCGUCUCCUUAUGAUGAAACCGCUGCCAAAGAAACCAGGAACUCUGACAGUGUGAACUUGCAACCGAGGGAUGAAACAGUUUGUGGCGUAGAAGCUCCAGAACCCAGAAAAGAUUCUAACGAGGACUCAUUCCUUCCAACUGUACACCAUAACUCUGUGGAUGACAGAAGCUGUGGUGAGAGCUCUAAGCUCUCAAGCAAGGAAUCGACUUCAUCAUUGACAGGCAGCGAAGCUGAAGUAGUUUGUAGCGUAAAAGCUCAAGACCGCGAAGAAUUCUUUCAAGUGCAGCCCUCCCCCACCCCUGCCCCCGCCCUACAACACACUGACCCGGGAAUGGAAAUCAGACUCCCCCACCACGAAAAUUUGCAACUGAGCAAAGAACACGGUGGCGGUGAUCACUUCACACAACUCCCCGGUGCAGAUGCAGAUGUAGUGCCCUUUUUUGUUGGAAACCAACAUGAAAUUGGAGGUUGUAGUGUACAAGUAGUAGAUAUGUUAGAUGAUAGACAAUUUUGUGUAGAUGAACAGUCAAGGAGAAUCCAUGGAAUGCAAGUGAACCAAAAAUGAUUCUUUUCAAACUAUUACUCUUCAUUUAUAUAUAGCUUUUUGCUUCCAUUUUCAUGA